UAUUUAUCAAAUUUUAUAUAUGCAAUGACCAAUGCCCUCUUUUUGCGCAGUGGUUAAUUGCAGCUAUAAAUAUGUGCGUUCGGACAGCUUAUCCUUUCACAGAUUUCCUUUCAGGCGCAAAGACUUGCUGCAACAAUGGCAAGACUUUACACUGCGCGGUAACGAUUGGAUACCUUCAAAGUGGAGCUCUGUAUGCAGUCGACACUUUCUGGACUCGGAUUUUAGCAAAAUCAAAGGUCGUAAAACGCUAAAAAAGAAUGCAGUGCCCACAGUACGUGUGGCCGACGAAUCGUUAAAUGUUAUUGUGGAGCAGGUGACGCUGUCCACAGACCCACUAGUUAGCAGCAACAGCAACAAUGCCACAAAUGUAGGCACAAAGAGCACAUGUCGCUUUUGUGGAAAUACCGCAUUGAAUUGUGUGUCCUUUGACAAGAGUUUGGAGCUAUACGGCAUGAUACAGAAAUGUUUUCCAACGCUGCAAAUACUGAAUGAUGAUACGCUGCCGCUUCCCAAGGAUAUAUGUGACGAGUGCUGUAAGCAGCUGGAGCAUUUCUCACAAUUCUGUGAUGUAGUUAUGUUGGCUCAGACCGAACUGCAGCGCAAAUAUCGACGUCAACUGAUGAUUAAGCAGGAGCCAGUGGUGCGCGUAAAGCAGGAGGCCUGCGAAACAUUGGAUAAUUUAUUUCCCGAUGAGCUGGAUAUGGGCUUGGAUGACGCCUGCUGCGAUCAUGAACCAGGCGGCGAUGAUGAAAACGAACAAAAGUUUCAAUUCUGCAAUUUUCCCAUGCUCAAUGCACAGGACAUUAUAAACAAUUGUGAUAUUAUGGAAAUUAUUAAUCUAGAUGAUCCGUUUAUAAACAUAGCAGAUGAUGCGGAUGUUACACAAGCGCAGCCUGUCAACUCUACAUUGCCUGUCGUGCCUACUGUGAAUGAAAUGAUACAGUCCGAAAUGCUAAUAGAGGAGCACAACUAUGCCAAGGAGGAUUGGCAAUCGCCAUCGCUGCGCCAAUAUAAAAAAGAAAAAGUGGAGCCAGAGCUACCUGUUGCCGCUGCAGCAGCAGAGCCAGAGGCGCGCUCCACCAAACCCAUUGUGACCAAUGUCAGUCAGAUACCAAAUCCCAUGCUCUGCGAGCUACUGCCACCGCCACCACCAGCAGCGCCAGCAACAACAACAGUUAGCAAGCCCAACAUUGUGGUGCUCAACGACAGCGUCGUACAGUCAUCUGCAUUUCGCCUGCACAACUGUAAUCUGUGCAGCACAAAGUUCUUUACGUCCGAAAGCUUGAAUCAACACUAUGCGCAGGCACAUGGCACACCCACCUCCGCGCCCAUGGUUAGCGUGCCGCCACUGAAUUUGAAUAUGACUGUGGCUGAGAGUAAACUGGAGAGCAGCGCUACAUUAACGCUGCCAACAGCGUUGACCACAACAGACUAUUGGCAGGCAGAAUGGCUGCCCGCGCAGCAGCAGCAGCAGCUGCCUGCCAAGAAAAAAAUUGACAUACUGGACAUGCAGCGUAGCUUCCUGCAUCAUGAUCUCAUUAGCAGCAGCGCUGCGCUGCCAGCACCGCUCUUAGCCGAUACGGCACCAAAAACUCAAAACUCUGCUUAUGCCAAGCUGGCUGCGCGCUAUCGACGCCUGCAGAGUAAGAUGCGAGAUAUGAAGGCAGGCAGCAGCAGCAGCAGCAAGUCGACAUUAAGACGCCAUCGUUGCAGUCAAUGUGCUCGUCGCUUUGUCAGCUUGAUGCAGUUGCUCACUCAUCGUCGACGUCGACGUCACUUUGUGUUGCCACCAACACGAAUUUUUGCCGUCAAGUGCUUUGGUUGCACCAAGCUGUUCCACUCGCGUCUAUCGCUGCGCCAGCACAUGCGCUACAUCUGCCAAUCGCUGCCGCUGCGCACUGCGCGCCUGCAGCGCUACAAGUGUCGCCAUUGCCAGUCCAUCAGCUUCACCCACUGGCGCAUCUAUCGACGACACGAACUCAAGUGUCGCCAGCAGCGUCAGUCAAAGGGCAAGGGGCGCUGCAAACAAAAUCAAAUGCAAGCCAAACGCUGCCAAACUUCGCACAGCUGCAACGCUUGCCAGAAGGUGUUCAGCUCGCUCAAUGGACUCAGGCAGCAUCGGAUUACGCACACUCUGGAGCGUCGCUACAAUUGCAACAUCUGUGAGCGCGUCUACAAGCGACGCAACGGUCUCUCCCAGCAUGUCAAGGGCUACCAUCUGCAGCUAAAGCCGCAUCAGUGUCCAGUCUGCCAGCAUCACUAUGCGCUCAAAGGCGACAUGCUGCGCUGCCGUCAUUCACUGCGGCUGAUUCCGCAGUCGCAGCCAAAAUAAUAUUACUUAGCAUUAAUAUAAAUGUGUAGAUUUUUAUAAAUGAAAGAAUAUUCGAAU